AAUCCACCAACACCUCGGAGCUGCGGAUCUGCCGGAUGAACAAAGAGAGUGGCCCCUGCACGGGGGGCGAGGAGCUCUACCUGCUGUGUGACAAGGUCCAGAAAGAGGACAUCGCGGUGGUUUUCCGGCGGGAGGCGUGGGAGGCGCGGGCGGAUUUCUCGCAGGCCGACGUGCACCGCCAGGUCGCCAUCGUCCUCAAGACCCCCCCGUACCGGCAGCUGGAGCUGGAGGCCCCCGUGGAGGUGGAGGUUUUCCUGCAGCGCCUCACCGACAGCGUCUGCAGCGACCCCUUCCGCUUCACCUACCUGCCCCGAGACCACG